AAGUUACCUUAGCUCAAGACUCGGAGGAUCAACUUCGGCUAAUCAACCCUCACGUGCCAAGUGCCCGUAUAAGGUACGCUUUUCAACACGACAACCUUUGUGAUCUGCAUUGCGCGCCCGCCGUUUCGACACUCCAAGGCGCAUUUACACUAUCGCUGCGCUCGCUUUGUUUGUCGCUCGCUUGUUCUGCAGAUUCUUGCAUCUACGCGACCUUCCCGUAUCGAGAACAAGCGCCGUACAGCACGCCGCAGCGACGCACGAGCGCCCAGCAUGAUGGACCAGCGCGAACUCGACGCCAACGUCAAGGCGCUCACGAAAUGCAUGGGGGCCAACGAACCCCCAGAGAAUGCGCUGCGCCUGCUGGAAACGCUGAAGAGGGAUGCGUCACCUACAGAAGAUAUGUUGAGGGCUACGCGCGCAGGUGUGUUGGUGGGCAAGCUUCGUUCCAGCAAGAACAAGGAGAUUGCUGCCGCCGCCGCCGAACUCGUCGGCAAGUGGAAGAAGCUCGUCGAGCAAGAAAAGAAGAAUAAGGGUGCAUCCAAGAUGGCUUCGCCAGCACCAGCGUCAUCUCCCGCGAUCUCGACGACCCCGGCGCCGAGCGCAGCGGCCUCGAGCAACGGCAAGAAGUACGAAGGCGACCCCGAGAAGCGAAAGUUCGACGUGGACGGCGUGGAUCUGAAUCGAACUGCGUCAAAGGGCCGGAAUCAAUGCAUCGGACUGCUCUACAACGGACUUGCUUAUCGGUCGCUCGAGACACCCGCCGACGUUCUGGCCAAGGCCGUGGCUGUGGAGCACGCAGCGCAUACCGAGUUCAAGGGCGAGACGCCCGACUACAAGAAGAAGGUCAAAUCGCUGUUCACAAACCUCAAAAACAAGUCGAACCCGGAGCUUGGUGUCAGCGUGCUCCAGGGCAAGGUCUCGCCGGAGAAGUUUGUCAAGAUGUCCGAGGAGGAGCUCAAGAGCGAGGACCGCCGCCGCGAGGACGAUGAGUUUGAGAAGGAGAAUAUGAAGAAGGCGCAGGUGCCGAUGGCCAAGAAGUCCAUCAGCGACAGCUUGGAGUGCGGACGUUGUAAGAAGAAGAUGGUCAGCUACUCGCAAGCGCAGACGCGCAGUGCUGAUGAGCCGAUGACAACGUUCUGCGAGUGUAUGAACUGCGGCAAGCGGUGGAAGUUCUCCUGAUUGCAUGCUUGAUUGGCGUUUACAGUUUCGUUCUUUGGCGGAAGGCAUUUUCGGAAGGAGCGAGGAGGGGUUCUGGAGUUUUCGCAUGGACAGACGGACUUGCUUUCAGAAAAGUUAAGGCAGGGCUGGCCAGUAGCCAUUUAGCCUGGUGUAUUUUUUUCUUUUCUUUUUAACGCGGAUGAAUUGCAGAUUCUCGGGACAUGGAGGCUACAGCUACACAAUAGCAAUAGAUUGAGCAGAACAAGCCGUACUGGCCUCAGUAGACACACCAGCGCCAGGGGCCUCUUUUGCCGUUAUCUUUCUUGU